ACUCGACCUCUGGCGGCUAGCGGGGAGGCCCCUUACUGACCUUCAGGGAUCGGCCACCAUGUCCCACCGGAAGUUUUCCGCCCCUCGGCACGGACACCUGGGCUUCCUGCCCCACAAGCGGAGCCGUCGGCACCGGGGCAAGGUGAAGACGUGGCCGCGGGAUGACCCCAGCCAGCCCGUGCACCUCACGGCCUUCCUGGGCUACAAGGCGGGCAUGACACACACCCUGCGUGAGGUGCACCGGCCGGGGCUCAAAAUUUCCAAACGGGAGGAGGUGGAGGCGGUGACAAUUGUAGAAACGCCGCCCGUGGUGGUGGUGGGCGUGGUGGGCUAUGUGGCCACCCCUCGAGGUCUCCGGAGCUUCAAGACCAUCUUUGCAGAACACCUCAGUGACGAGUGCCGGCGCCGAUUCUACAAGGACUGGCACAAGAGCAAGAAGAAAGCCUUCACCAAGGCCUGCAAGAGGUGGCGGGACACAGACGGCAAAAAGCAGCUCCAGAAAGACUUCGCCGCCAUGAAGAAGUACUGCAAGGUCAUUCGGGUCAUUGUCCACACUCAGAUGAAACUGCUGCCCUUCCGGCAGAAGAAGGCCCACAUCAUGGAGAUCCAGCUGAACGGUGGCACGGUGGCUGAGAAGGUGGCCUGGGCCCAGGCCCGGCUGGAGAAGCAGGUGCCUGUGCACAGCGUGUUCAGCCAGAGUGAGGUCAUUGAUGUCAUUGCUGUCACCAAGGGUCGAGGCGUCAAAGGGGUCACAAGCCGCUGGCAUACCAAGAAGCUGCCGCGGAAGACCCAUAAGGGCCUGCGUAAGGUGGCCUGCAUUGGCGCCUGGCACCCCGCCCGCGUGGGCUGCUCCAUUGCUCGGGCUGGGCAGAAGGGCUAUCACCACCGCACGGAGCUCAACAAGAAGAUCUACCGCAUCGGCAGGGGGCCGCACAUGGAGGACGGGAAGCUGGUGAAGAACAGUGCAUCUACCAGCUACGACGUGACUGCCAAGUCCAUCACACCGCUGGGUGGCUUCCCCCACUACGGGGAAGUGAACAACGACUUCGUCAUGCUGAAAGGUUGUAUUGCUGGUACCAAGAAGCGGGUCAUUACGCUGAGAAAGUCCCUCCUGGUGCACCACAGCCGCCAGGCUGUGGAGAAUAUUGAGCUCAAGUUCAUUGACACCACCUCCAAGUUCGGCCAUGGCCGCUUCCAGACAGCCCAAGAGAAGAGGGCCUUCAUGGGCCCCCAAAAGAAGCAUCUGGAGAAGGAAAAGCCAGAGACCUCGGGAGACUUGUAGGCUGUGUGGGGUGGAUGAGCCCUGAAGCGCACCACACUGUCUACCCCAAUGUCUAAUAAAGUCCAGAGGCGACUCUUCCUGCGAUGUCUCAGAGUGCUGUGUAACCGCCCAAGGGGUUCAUCUUGCCUGCUGCCUAGACAAAGCCGAUUCAUUAAGACAGGGGAAUUGCAACAGAGAAAGAGUAAUUCACACAGAGCCGGCUGUGCGGAAGACCGGAGUUUUGUGUUUUAUUAUUACUCAAAUUGAUCUCCUUGAACAUUUGGGGAGCAGAGGUUUUUUUUUUUUUUUUUUGAGACAGAGUCUUGCUCUUGUCACCCAGACUGCUGGACUGCUGGGGAGCAGAGUUUUUAAGGAUAACUUGGUGGGUGGGGGAAGCCAGUGAGCCAGGAGUGUGAUUGGUGAGGGAUGAAAUAACAGGGAGUGGAAGGUGUCUUCUUGCGCUGAGUCAGUUCCUGGGUGGUGGCCACAAGAUCAGAUGAGUCAGUUUAUGGAUCUGGGUGGUGCCAGCAGAUCCAUCAACUGCAGGGUCGGAAAAAUAUCUCAAGCACUAAUCUUAGGAGCAGUUUAGGGAGGGUCAGAAUCUUGUAGCCUCCAGAUGCAUGACUCCUAAACCAUAAUUUCUAAUAUUGUGGCUAAUGUUAGUCAUAAAAAGGCAAUCUAGGCCCCAGGCCAGAAGGAGCUCUGCUUUGGGAAAGGGCUGUUACUGUCUUUGUUUUAAACUAUAAACUGGCUGGGCACGGUGGCUCACGCCUGUAAUCCCAGCACUUUGGGAGGCCAAGAUGGGCGGAUCACCUGAGGUCGGGAGUUCAAGACCAGCCUGGCCAACAUGGAGAAACCUCGUCACUACUAAAAAUACAAAAUUA